UUCUCGAGCCCUGUAUCUGCACGGAGUUGGCACCUUUCGCCACCAUCCCAGCGACAAGUGUCCCAACCCGGGUCCAUUUCCCCCCGCUCAAUCCAGUGUGAUCCACGCUCAGCUGUCCACAAUGGAGUCGGAACUCCAAGCACAGAUCCCCGGUCUCGAUCGCGUGGUAUCAGAGUACUCCGUGGGGUACCUGACCCAUGCCUCCAAGGCCUAUGUGGAAGAUGCCAACGCUCCGUCGCCACUGGCCGAAGCGGCCGAUAUGGUCACCGAGCUCCUCGUCUCCGCAUCGGGUGACUUCACCUCCGAGAAUGAACAGGCCAUCCGCAACUUGGUCGAGAAGUUCAUCUCCUCGUUGAGUGCCGCUGAUGGAGUCGACGCCGAGCGUCGCCAGAUGCCCUUUGCCGCCAAGAAGCUCGACCAGGCCAUCAAUGUCGGCUCCCAACGCAACAUGUCUUCUACUCUGGGUCUUGCCGGAGGUAACGUCGAUCUGGAGUCGGCUAAUGCCAGAAAGGUCGAGUCUAAGGUCGACCGCAAGAAGCUCGAGAAGGCCGAACGCAAGAUUCGUGCCAAGCAGGAGAAGAAGCAGAUGAAGACGGUGCAAUACGAAUCAUCCCGUCUCCUCAACCAGCCCGACAGUACCAUGUCCUACGAAGAGUUCUUCAUGGCUGUCAACCCUCUGCAGCUGGGCUCGGACUCCCAGUCCAAGAGCAAGGACAUCAAGGUGGACAGCAUCGACAUCUCCGUCGGCGGUCACCGUAUCUUGACAGACGCUUCCCUUACCCUGGCAUAUGGUCGUCGCUACGGUCUUGUCGGUCAGAACGGUAUCGGAAAGUCUACGCUGUUGCGUGCACUCAGUCGCAGAGAAGUCGCCAUUCCCAGCCACAUCUCCAUUCUUCACGUCGAGCAAGAAAUCACAGGAGACGACACACCCGCUCUCCAGGCCGUCCUUGACGCCGACGUAUGGCGCAAGCGCCUCCUUGCCGACCUGGAGAAGAUCACCAAGCAGCUGGCAGACAUUGAAGCAGAGCGAUCCUCCAUGGCAGACACCUCCAAGGAUGCCGCCCGUCUGGACCACGAGCGCGAGGGUCUCGACAUCACACUGAACGACAUCCACUCCAAACUCGCCGAGAUGGAAUCCGACAAGGCCGAGUCCCGCGCCGCCAGUAUCCUGGCCGGUCUCGGUUUUUCGCCCGAGAGACAGCAAUUCGCGACCAAGACCUUCUCCGGAGGUUGGCGUAUGAGAUUGGCUCUUGCCCGAGCCCUAUUCUGCGAACCCGAUCUCCUCCUGCUGGACGAACCGUCCAACAUGUUGGACGUGCCAUCCAUUACCUUCCUUUCCAACUACCUCCAAACAUACCCCAGUUCCAUCCUGGUCGUUUCUCACGAUCGAGCAUUCCUCAACGAAGUCGCCACCGACAUCAUCCACCAACACUCCGAGCGUCUCGACUACUACAAGGGCGCCAACUUCGACUCCUUCUACGCCACCAAGGAAGAGCGCAAGAAGAACGCCAAGCGCGAAUACGAAAAACAAAUGGCCGAGCGCGCCCAUCUCCAAGCCUUCAUCGACAAGUUCCGCUACAACGCCGCAAAGUCCUCCGAAGCCCAAUCCCGUAUCAAGAAACUCGAGAGAAUGCCCAUCCUGGAAGCUCCCGAGAGCGACUACGUCGUGCACUUCAAGUUCCCCGAGGUCGAGAAACUCUCUCCCCCGAUCGUCCAAAUGUCCGACAUCGCCUUCGGAUACACUCCCGACCGUCCCCUCCUCCGCAACGUGGACCUCGACGUACAACUCGAUUCGCGUAUUGGUAUCGUUGGUCCCAACGGUGCCGGUAAGACUACUGUGCUGAAGCUCCUCACCGGCCAACUCCAACCGACAAAGGGUCUCCUCUCGCAACACGCCCGCCUGCGCGUCGGUUUCUUCGCCCAACAUCACGUCGACGCUCUGGACCUGACCACCAGCGCCGUCAGCUUCAUGGCCAAGACCUACCCCGGAAAGACAGACGAAGAAUACCGCAGACACCUCGGUGCCUUCGGUAUCACCGGUAUGACGGGUCUGCAGCGCAUGGAGCUUCUGUCCGGAGGUCAGAAGUCCCGUGUCGCCUUCGCUUGUCUGUCGUUGACGAACCCCCACAUCCUGGUUCUGGACGAACCGUCUAACCAUCUGGAUAUUGAGGGUAUGGAUGCGCUGUCCGAGGCGCUGCAGAACUUCGAGGGUGGUGUGGUGAUGGUCUCUCACGAUGUUACGAUGCUGCAGAACGUUUGCACUAGUCUCUGGGUUUGUGAUAACGGUACGGUGCAUAAGUUUGAUGGCUCUGUCAAUGCUUAUAAGAAGUUGAUUAGCUCUCAGGCUAAUGAGGCGGGUGUUGUUGCUGCUCAUUAAGGGGAGUGUAAUGGGCUCGCUAGUAAUGAUAAAAUUAUGGAUAAUUCUCAACGAUGCAUGGUUUCUUCUUUUAA